AUGCCCGGCCGACUCGAAGGUAAAGUGGCGAUCGUCACCGGUGGUGGGAGUGGUUUUGGCAAGGCCAUCUCGACCAAGUUUAUCCAUGAAGGCGCCAAAGUAGUCAUCGCAGAGAUGAAUGAGGCGAGUGGUCAGGCAGUCGCGAAGGAACUUGGGUGCGCCUCGGUGAAGGCAGACGUGACGAAACGCGAGGAUUGGAAGAGAGUCCUGGAGAAGACCAUUGAGCUGUACGGUGGGCCGGAUAUUGUGGUGAACAAUGCCGGGUAUUGCUACUCGAACCAGCCAUCCGAAGGGGUCCCCGACGAGGAGUUCGAUCUCACCUGCGACGUCAACUUCAAGUCCAUCUUCAUGUCCGUCGCCGUCAUUAUCCCGUGGAUGAAGGAGCACAAGAGCGGGGGUUCUUUCAUCAACAUUGCGUCCACCGGCGCCACCAGGCCCAAACCACGCCUCACGUGGUACAACGGCACGAAAGCGGCGGUGUGCUGUGCCUCCCGGUCGCUGGCGCAGGAGUAUGCCCCCAACAACAUCCGAUUCAACUCGAUAUGCCCUCAAUUCGCCAGCACAGGACUGUCUCACAAGUUCCUCGGCAAGGAAAACACCCCCGAGAACCGCGCCUAUUUCGUUUCUUUGAUUCCCCUGGGAAGAUUGACCGACGUUACGGACAUUGCCAAUGGCUGCUGCUACCUGGCAAGUGAUGAGGCGAGCUAUAUUACUGGGACCGAGUUGAUCAUUGACGGCGGUCGAAGUGCCUAG